AUGAUCGAGGAGGAUGAAAAUGAUAACAAAGCAUCUGGUGGAGCAAUGAGCAAGAUUACAGACUCAACUGUACAGAACCUCAAGACAUCCAAUGUGAAGUCCUCAAUCCCACUGAUAUCAAAAGUUGGGAUUCGGACCGUGAAAGUUGGUAGCCGCAAAGUGAACGAGGAAGAAAAAGUGGCCAUGGAGAAUGAAAUGGAAAAAGUUGCACAGAGCCUAAAAGGCGAUAAUCUGAGGUGUUCACUUUGUGAUGAAUAUCAGGCUGAGACUUUUUCUGAGCUUACAAAUCAUUUGAAAACGUUCCAUCAUGUUUAUGAGCCACCCCGGUGCGAUGUUUGUGAGAUGGAUUUCGACAAUUGUCAGUCACUUGCCAAUCAUAUUGAGAAAAAACAUGGUCCUAAGAUGCAGCAAACCGUGUUUAAGAGCAAAGCGUUCCCAUUUCAGCAAGGCCUGAUGGCUCAUGACAGUAAAGUUCAUGUCAAUGGGGAAACGUCGUCCAAAGAAAAGAAAUAUGAUUGUGAGACCUGCCAUUUUAAAACCAAUUCAAGAGCUGACCUGUGGGAGCAUAAAAGAUUAAGCAUAACGAGGCCAUAG